GUCUUAAAAUGCUUUCACUCGAAGCACAAGCAUAGCAUACAACACCAUCUCCCGCCUUUUUUUUCAUUAACGUUAUUGCAUUCUACUUCAUCACUCUUUCAUCUCCCCUUCUUUCAUUUCAUCUACUUUCCAUCAUUCAGCGCAUCUCCAACUUCCUCAAGCCCAUCGGCGGCGAAUACCUGCCCUUGGACUCGCUCCAACGGAACCCUCCUCCUCCUCAAGGGUCUAGCGGCAACAGUGGCAUCAUCAACAACGGCUACAGUCGGCCACCAGAUGACGAUGACGAUGCCCUCGAUACCUCGGCUUCGACCUCUAUCGCCACAGCGCUGACGACUGGCGGCUUUGGUGCACCUGGGGCCCUCAUAAAUCGUUUGCGAUCGCCUGUCAACAACAGCAGUAGUAGUAGCUAUAGAGAGCCUGAUUCUGCUAUGGACGAACAGGAGCCGGAUCCUCGAGCGCGACCUUCUCCUUCAUCAACUGGUUUCCCACGCCGAGAAAGGCGAGGGCGCAACCAUUUUGAGGAUCAGGAAGAUCGACGCAACCUUUAUCGAGGUGGUAGUGGGGUCAAUUCUCAAGGCAGAAUGACAGAAUCUGCUCUCUUUCGGUCCGAGGAGAUGUCACUGAUCCAGCUGUAUAUUCCAUCAGAAAUAGCACAGCCUACGGUCGCAGAGCUGGGAGAGAUAGGAAUGAUCCAAUUCCGGGAUUUAAAUGAUGGUGUAAAUGUCUUUCAACGAGCUUUCGUGAAUGAAAUUCGGCAAUUCGAUGAGAUGGAGAGACAGUUGCGCUUUUUCGCAUCACAGAUCGAGAAGGCAGAGAUCCCGAUUCAAUCGACAACGACUUCGUCGUAUGUGGCACACGCACCUUCGCGUCAAGAGCUGGAUGACAUUGUGAGACGAUUGUCAGCACACGAGAGUCGUUUGUUGCAAAUGAAUGCCUCAUAUGAGAAUAUGCAGCGACGACACUGGGAGUUGAUUGAACUUAGGCAUGUCUUGCAAGAAGCUGCAGUCUUUUUUGAGGAGGCUGUCUCAAAUCAGGAUGAGAUUCGUCGUUCACUGGAGGAGCCAAGUGCGCGACUCCUAGAUGAUUUGGAAACGGGCCCUUCACAGGAGGCGCAAGGCUUGGGUCUCACCCUUGGCAAUGUCACUGGUGUUAUUCCUCGAAACAGAUUGCAGACUUUUGAACGUAUCCUGUGGCGUUCUCUUCGCGGUAACUUGUACAUGAAUACGGUAGACAUCAAGGAAUCAAUUAUAGAUCCUGCAACGGAUGUGGCAGCGCUGAAAAGCGUAUUCAUCAUCUUUGCUCAUGGGCGCGAGAUCCUGGCUAAGAUUAAAAAGAUUGCAGAGUCAAUGGGAGCAACUUUAUAUGCUAUUGAUUCAUCUACAGAGCAGAGAAGGGAAGCGUUGUCGGGCACUUUAAGACAUAUUGAAGAGUUCAACUCUGUCAUCACCAAUACAACACAAGCUCGUCGUCAGGAACUUAUCCGUAUUUCAGCUGACUUGGCGGCGUGGAUAACAAUUGUGAAGAAGGAAAAGGCGACGUACCAUACUAUGAAUAAAUUCAACCACGAUAUCAAUCGCAAAUGUCUGGUUGCGGAGGGAUGGUGCCCAACAAAUGAGAUUGGCACUAUCCAGGCAGCUCUGCGAACAGUGAGUCAACGUUCUGGAUCGACAGUUCGACCCAUUCUAACUGAACUGCGUACUCACAAAGAACCUCCAACCUAUCACAAAACCAACAAGUUUACUGCUGGAUUUCAAGCGAUUGUGGAUGCAUACGGUAUGGCCAAAUAUCGCGAGGUGAAUCCAGGCCUAUUUACCAUCAUCUCCUUCCCCUUUUUAUUUGCAGUGAUGUUUGGAGAUGUAGGCCACGCCAUCUUGGUGGUUUUGGCGGGAUUGUUCCUAGUUCUGAAUGAACGCAAGCUUGCCAACGUUGAAGGCGAGAUGUUUCAAAUGGUCUAUGGGGGACGUUACAUUGUCUUGUUGAUGGGUGUAUUUUCUAUUUUUACGGGGAUGAUGUAUAAUGACAUCUUUUCCCGUGCUCUUCCACUGUUCCAGUCCGGCUGGCGUCUCGAUGUACCUGAAGACUAUGACGGUAAAACUCUUUUGGUGGCAGAGCCUACUGAGUAUACCUAUCCAUUUGGUAUUGACUAUGUGUGGCAUGGAGCUGAAAACUACCUCUUGUUCACAAAUUCCUACAAAAUGAAGAUGUCAGUCAUCUUGGGCGUUAUUCAUAUGUCCUUUGGCAUCUGUAUGGUGUAUUACAAUGCUAAAUUUUACCGCAAGCCAAUCGAUAUCAUUGGAGGCUUCAUUCCUCAAAUGUUAUUUAUGCAAUGCCUCUUUGGAUACUUGGUAAUCAUGAUCUUAUACAAGUGGACUGUCAAUUGGUUUGAAACAGAUGCUGCUGGCCAACCGCUGCAUAACUCGCCACCCAGUUUGCUCAACACAAUGAUCUAUAUGUUUCUAAGUCCAGGAUCCGUCAACGAAGGUGACAAGCUAUAUUCCGGGCAGGGCUUCAUACAAGCGUUGCUUGUAUUUACCGCAUUUGUAUGCAUUCCGUGGAUGCUCUUUUUGAAGCCUUAUUACCUAAAGCAUGAGCACAAUCGAGCCCGUGCAAUGGGUUACCAUCAACCUUCUGAGAACAAUGCCCGUGUCAGUGCUGAUAGCGACCGUUCGGAUGAAGGGGACAAUGGUAAUAGUACUAUUGUGACAGAGGAAGACACGACCAAUGGUAGUCAAGAACAUGACGAGGAAGAGUUUGAGUUUUCAGAAGAAUUGAUUCACCAAGUGAUUCACACAAUUGACUUUUGUCUGGGCUGUAUAUCCAACACGGCAUCGUACUUACGAUUGUGGGCACUAUCUUUGGCCCAUGCACAGCUGUCUGAAGUUCUAUGGACGAUGACUUUGGGUAUGGCAUGGGGUUUUACGGGAACCCUAGGAGCAAUCAUGACUGUUAUAAUGUUCGCAGUAUGGUUCACAUUGACGGUCUUUAUUCUGAUAGGCAUGGAGGGACUUUCUGCAUUCCUUCAUGCUCUGCGAUUGCACUGGGUCGAGUUUAAUAACAAGUUUUACCUGGGUACGGGAUAUGCAUUUGAACCAUUUUCAUUUGCAAUCGUUCUUUCUGAGAAAGACUAAAAGCUGAUUUGACACAGCACUCAAACAAUACCAACAAUAAUAAAG